GGGCCUGGAAUAAGUCUGCAUACUAAAUGAUUACAGCUGGUAUUGUUUUGAAUGCCAGUCUCUGUUUGUAAUCUGACAAAUGAUGGGGAAAAGUAAGCCGUAACUACUGAACAAUAGGAAACAAUUUUAACAGGGUUACAUGCCUGUAGCCUAAGUACAGAAAAUCCUUCCUUUUGUCGACAUUUAUUGACUUCUACCUUAUGAAUUAUUUAGUCUGGUUGUCUUGACUGUCCUGCAGCCUCACUCUCUCAUUGUAAAGACAAGACAGUCCAGAGUCAGACGCUCUCAAAUACAAAGCCAGCACCUUUCUGUCUGCAGCUGAGCACCACCUCCAGCAGCAGCAGCAGCAGCAGCAGACCGAGGAGGGUUUUGGAUCCCAGCUGAAAGACCGACAACGCAUUUGAAGAGCGGCAGGCUCGAGAGCAGUCAAUGAUAAUGCCUCACUGGCUGGUUACUGGUUGCCGGUCGCUGGUUUCCGGUGGCUCGGGGGACAGUCGAGGCGUUUGAAUGAGCGGAGGUGUCGCUGGAGCGCUGUCCGAGGUGCUAAAACGCCGCCGACAGACCGGCCGCUGUCUCUUUUUCCAGUCGAGACGAUACGCAUGAACUGACGUGAACGCCGAGCAGCACAACAACGGGCACACCAGUCCGGCGGCUAACACAGCAUCCCCGGCCAGGGUAAAUGGGACCGCACGUCGCCCGAGCGUUAGAAAGAUGGAGAGAUUUAUUUCCCUGCUCGUCCUCAGCUGUCUCUGCGCCUCUCGAGUCACAGCGGAUAGCUUGUCGCCUCCUGUCAAUGUGACCAUCAAAGCAGUGAAAGCAAACUCUGCUGUGGUGACAUGGGACAUCCCAGAGGGAGAUCCCGUUAUUGGCUUCGCCAUCACUCAGCAGAAGAAAGACGUGCGCAUGCUGCGAUUCAUCCAGGAAGUCAACACCACCACACGCUCCUGUGCAUUAUGGGACUUGGAGGAAGAGACAGACUACAUUGUGCAUGUCCAGUCCAUCAGCAUGUCUGGGACGAGCCCGCUGAGCGAACCUUUGCGCUUUCGAACGCCGAAGGAGGCCGAGACUCAGGCCUCGAAGAGUAAAGACGAAGUGACGAUGGAAGAAGUGGGCCAGUCCACCCAGCUGAGGGCGGGGGAGCUCAUCAUCAUCGUGGUGGUACUUAUCAUGUGGGCAGGUGUGAUCGCUCUCUUCUGUCGCCAGUACGACAUCAUCAAAGACAACGAGCCCAACAACAACAAGGACAAAGCCAAAAACUCCUCCGAGUGCAGCACUCCUGAACAUCCGACAGGGGGGCUGUUGCGCAGUAAGGUAUAACCCACCCCCACCUCCUCCUCCCCACCCCCUCCGGGUGCCUUCCCCACAGCGGCGCCGGGCAGUUCCCCAAGAACAACAACAACAACAAUAGAAUGCCAUCUGUCAACAUCAUUGAGGUGUGACUGCCAGAACAUCUUCUCUUUAUCUAAAAGACUUUGUGUUCUCACAAGCAAGAAGGCCCCUUGUAUAGGCCCAUCUGCUCGUCAGGAUGAGGGUACGACUGUGGGCCCCCUCGGCAGCGCUUACUCUCCUUUGGCACGGGGCCUGCCGCCGAAGCGAAGCUGCAGGACUCUGGGGGUCAGGCACGGCCUGGCCGGAGCUGGUCUGAGGGCAGAGUCUGCAGCAGAGUGACUGCGGCGAGAGUUCAGAGGCUGCUCCGUGCUCAAGAACUACUGGACCAUGUGGCAGCAGAGAUUAGGGCCAAUUGGCUCCGGUGGUGGAAAAAAAAAACAACCCCAGGGACCAAAGCUGAUGAACUUUUCAUUUUCUCUCUCUGUCACCUCUUUCUUCUCACCGUCUUUCAGUGCACUAUAAACAACCACAAAACUUGACAUUUCCAAUUACCGGGUGGCUCUAAGAUGCAUCCACUUUGUCGAAAUCGUCUCCUGUACUUUAAUCUCCCACACCUUAUUUUCUUCAUAAUGUUUUAUACGCUCUCUGAAUUGAAGGGAAUCCAGACUCCACCUGGCAAAUUUAGGAGCCAUUUCUUAGAUGUACUGUGAUGACGUGCCAUUGCAGCUUUAGAGGGAUGACUCGGCUCACCACUGGAACUGAAUAACCCAAUUUGUCAGAAAAAGCAAAAGUAAUUCGGUAAUAUUGAACGGCAUCUCUGAUCACAUGUACACAGUGAAGUAUGUCACCAGGCCAGCUGUGGUAUCCUUUUGGUCACAUUUAUGUUUGUCCACUAAUUUCUUUUAUGCUUCUAUUAUAGAUUUCUGAAAUGUUACUUUCCACAACCAGGAUGAGCCCUUUAGUAUUCCCUUGUGUCUUUCUGUUUGAGGGUGAUGAAUUUCAAAGCAUAAUGGAGCACAUUCAUCUAAUUAAGGGACUGGACUCUCUGGAUGUCUAUGGAGAAGUGGCUUUUGCGGAGACACUGAAGAGAUCCCUUAUAUCAGCAAUAAGCACGGAAGCAAGGACUCAAACUCUGUAGCCUGUUCGUCCAAAACUUGACCUCCCGGCAUGCAACGUUCAGACAGACAAACAAACUGCACAUUGAAUAUUGAGGGAAUUAAUCCCUCUCCUGAACUUUCAGAGAAAAGUCUUUCAGCGCUGUUGUAAAAACUUAAGUUUCUGAUUAAGAGCAUG